CUGAUCUGCUUCUUGUUUACUGAUGGUUUUAUUAGUGUGCUGUGUUGUGACCGACGGCGUCCUCAGAGGGCCAAACAAGCAGAGCUCUCAGUAAAACGCGAUAGCGCCGUGUGGCAAACAGCCGAAGAAGAGCGCGGAGCAGGAAGCGGGCUGAAGUCGAGGGUCAGGCUGACAUGGAGCAGGGGGAGAUGCUGGAGCCCUCUGUCUCCGGGCCUGUAACCAUGGAAACAGCGUUGAACAGGAGCCGUGAGACUCGGCAGGCUGCAGAUCCUAGAUCAGGUCUGACCCCGGGUCAGUCCGGCGCCGUGGUCCAGACCCAGAACCAGAACCAGAUCCUGAUCCUGGACCAGCAGACGCUGCAGUGUGAGCACAUGGUGAUCUUGACGGGCCAAUCAGAGGGCAGAGAGGUGUUUGUGAUUCCGUCCAAUCAGAUGCUGCUUCCUGCCUCUCAGGUGCUCUCUUCCAUCGGCCCGACAGGUGCAGCUGCUGGUGUUCAGACAGCCGUCCCGGUUACCAUGGUAACAGACAGCAGCAGUCUGCCCGCAGCCAGCAGCGGACAGGUAGCAAUGCGUCGUCUGAAGCCCCUCCCCUCCAGCGCCCCCAACUGGGCUCAGAGGCUGCGUGAUGCAGAGAAGCUGGGCGACUCGUACCGUGGUUACUGCAGCUCGGAGGCGGAGCUUGAGGCCGUCCUCUUCCUGCACAAGCAGCAGAGCGGCUGCGUGUUCGGGACCCGCCAGUCGCCGUCUGUCGACCGGCCCGCCACCCGCCUCAUGUGGCGCUCGCAGUACGUCCCGUACGACGGCAUCCCCUUCGUCAACACAGGUAGCAGAGCCAUUGUGAUGGAGUGUCAGUUCGGUCCAAGGAGGAAAGGACUGCAGCCGAAAAAAACCACAGAACAGCCUCACGACUACAAGGCCACCUGUCCUGCCAGGAUCUACAUCAAGAAGGUGAGGAAGUUUCCGGAGUACGGGGUCACCGCGGAGGCGACAGCGGACCGGCAGCGGCUGAGGCAGAGACAGGGAAAAGCCUUUUCAUCCCUGAGGAGCAAAACUCUGAGCUCAGGAGGAGUCAUCAGGUUUUACGUGCAGCUGCCGACAGAGAAAGCUCACCUGUAUCAUGAUGUGGACACGCCCCUCGCCCUGCCCCUGCCCGACCUGCCCCCCCCUGCCGAGGAAGACGAAGAGGAGGAGGAGGAGGAGGAAGAGGAAGAGGAGGAAGAGGAGGAGGAAGGAGCCAAGGAUGGCGGCUCCAUCCCGUCUCGUCUUCACCCCCGGGUGGCGGAGCGGAUCAGGCAGCUGGUGGCUGAAGGGCAACGUCAGGUCUACAGCAUCCGCAGGCAGCUCCGGCACUUUGUGGAGCAGGAGCUGUGUAAAAGUGAAAGGCCUCCAGAGAGACACAACCUGUGUUUCUUCCCCACCAUCAACGACAUCAGGAACCACAUCCACGAAUCCCAGAAGGCCUUGGGGCUGGGCAGGACCCCAGCUGAGUGGCCGACCGCGGGCAGCGACUGUCUGACUGACACGGUGAUGCUGACCCUCACCCCGGCUGCUGCUGAAGUGUUGGACAGCAGUGACACUCUGUCUCCUGAAGCCGUCCAGCUCUUCAGCUCGCUCUCUUCUCUGCAACCAAAGAUCUUCGCUCAGCUGCAGGGCGUUGAGCUGCAGCCCGUCGCUGCCCCGCCAUCAAGGCCGCCGCCUCCUGGCUCCUCCUCCUCCUCCCGUCUCUCUGCCUCCCGGCCGCUCAUCAGCUCCUCGCCACUCCUCCAGACUUCCCAGAAUCCAUCGGGGCAGUCUGUGGCUGCCCGUGGCCUCCAGCUGGUCGGCGUCUCUCCCCCGGGUGAUGCAGGAAGCCUCCAGGUGGCGCUAGAGGGCGCUGUGAGCGAGCAGAGCCUGCUGCAGUUGGAGGUGAAGGAGGAAGACAGGGAUGAUGAGGAGGGAAGAGAAGAAGAGGAGCGAGGGAUGAAGGCUGAGGACAAUGACCCUGCUGCCGACUCUGCCCAUCCAUCUUGAGUCUGACUGAGCCACGCUCACACUUGCUGAAACAGACUGAAACAGACUCAAACUGACUCCAACUGACUCAAACUGACUUCAAACAGACUUCAAACUGACUCAAACUGUCUUCAAACAGACUCAAACUGACUUCAAACAGACUCAAACUGACUUCAAACAGACUCAAACAGACUCUUGACAGACAAUUGACAGAUUAUAAUUUUGUUAAUUAAUGGACAGUUUUAGUCUUUGAAGUCUAUGAAGUUUAAAGGUCUGACCUGUAAGACUGUCUUCCUUUUCUCCGCUCAUAUCUUUAUAAAAUUAAUACUUUGGGUUUUUUGGCUGCUGGUCAGACUGAGGAAGACAUGUAAUGACAGGUUGAUGACCAUUAGACUCUGGCUUUAGUUUUAUACAUUCACUAAAGGAUUAGUCCGUAAACAAAACAAAACAAAACAAAACAAACAAACAAACAAACAAAAAAAAAAUAGGUCAACUGGUUGUUAUGACUUAACUGUAGGAUUCAUCAAAUGUAUCCUUAAUAUGAAGCUUUUCAAGUCACUGACAGAUUUUUCAUUUUUCGUAAAUCAUUCUGCUGUUGUACAUUAAGAUGUAAUUAUUAUUAGUAUUGUUAUUAUUAUCAUUUAAUUUUUUAUUAUUGUUAUUACUUUUUAAUAGCUGUGUUAAUGACAUUUGCUUUGUGUCUGAAAUAAAGAGCAGAGCCAUACAGAGA